UCUGGACCGCUUCAUACCUGGUAAGGGUGCCCAGAAACCUGUUCUUUUCACCUGUGUUGUGCGAGGGAGUGGGUGGUAUUGCAUUUUUAUCUCUCUCUCGGUGUAUUUCAGGCACUUCAGUCAGCGCGGCUCACUUUCAGGCCUAUCUGCUGAAAGGCCUGGCGUGGUGGAACGAGGACCGUGCGGCACAAGCAGUGGAGGCAGCAGACCGUGAAAUGGUCUGCUACAGUGGCCAACUCCAGCACUCCGUCAAUGACCUGAGUGACAUUGUUUAUCACAAGAAGGUGGUUGAUGAUUAUACCCGGCCUGCGAAGUACACUGGUGAGCUCAUUGGUAUCCAGUACCUAUUUUCGCAGACCGUUCGAGUGCUGGAGGAAGUAAUGGGCAGGGAUCCCGACGCUCCGGAUGGGACUCAUACAGACGAUGACGACGACGACGAGGGCUUCCAAGAGGACGAGAGGCCGGUAGAGGAACCUCUGGACAACACCCUCUUCGGCCUUGAGGAGGACUUCGCCCGACAACCGUUGUCGUCUGACAAGUCCCAGUCGCGCCCUGCCAUCGGCGCCUCACAUUCUGGGCCAGCCGACCAGGAGACCUCCCCUGGAGACGAGGCCAUUCAAAGGGUGUCCCACGAGCAGUAUAGCCUUGGACCUGACACUGGCCCAGGUUACCAGCACGUGGUCAACCUGGCCUUAAGUCUCUUGAAACUGCGUCACCAGCCCUACAUGACACCGCAGCAAGUGGUGGAGAUCGUCACCCUCUGGGAACGAUUGCCGGAGGGCGACAAGGCCCCAGUUCGCUUCCCGCCAUGCCACCAGGAAAGACUGGUGAAGGGGAGGUUCCGACGCAAGCACUCGCAGACCAGUGUCACACUGGGAGUGGAGAGCUUGCGACGGUGUAUGGGCGGCCAAGGCAGCCAAGCCGCACAGAUGCCAAACAUCAGCCGCCUUGUGGAGACCGUUUGUAUAGAGCUGUCCAGGAUUCACCCCGAAGGAACCACCAUCUGCGGCGUGAGGGUGAACCGCUGGGCAGCUGUGAUGUGGGAUAUUAUACAUUCAUCCAACACACUCUGGCACAAUGGCACUACGCUCACACCAGGGAGCUGGUACGGCGGGCUCUGUAGAUGGCCGUGCCGUUACCAAGCAGCUCGGCCCUUGCUUCAGAGCCUGUCCCUGCAGUACGCCCACGACCCACGGGCCCCGAGCAGACCACUGCAGUUCCAUAACCCUCGGGGCCAGCCACCAUUGGGCACCCCCCCGUGCCACAUGAAGCACCCGUCACCCAGCCACUCCCCCCGCUGGCUGACACUGCCGCUCCUCCGCUUACACCGCCGCCGGCAGGACCCUCAGUACCCCGCACCACUGCCUGGCGGCGGAAGAAAAAGCAGGAGGUGGACGAGCUGGCACGACAACAAGGAAUCCCCCUCAAACAAAGGAAAAUGA